AUGAUACUGGCUCUUUUGAGCAUAAUCUUCUCCAUCAUCAAAUACGUGCACUACCCACCCUUCCACUGGGAAGGUGCCGACACCUCUCGCAAGACCAACUUGAUUCCAGUUGCCGUCCUCAGCGCCGUCAACUGUGCGGUCUUGUUUGCUUGGUUGGUGGUUGUCGUCCUUUUGGUCCAGCGAGCCAAGAGGAACGGCACCUGGGACUGGGGGAAGGGAAUCACUUGGAUGCAGCAGGACGAGGCUGAGAGGCAGAAGGUGGGAGAUGCUCAGCGACUUAGGAAGGUGCAGAGCUAUGAUGCCUAA